AUGUGGAUUGUCAACUGGUUCUGGGAUACUCUUGCGUCGCUGGGGCUUUUGAACAAGCAUGCGAAGCUUCUGUUCCUCGGUCUGGAUAAUGCCGGAAAGACGACUCUGUUGCAUAUGUUAAAGAACGACCGAGUUGCAAUCCUGCAACCUACUCUCCAUCCUACCUCGGAAGAGCUCGCCAUUGGCAACGUUAAAUUCACAACCUUUGACUUGGGUGGACAUCAACAAGCCCGACGUCUCUGGAAGGACUAUUUCCCCGAAGUCUCCGGUAUCGUUUUCCUCGUCGACGCAAAAGAUCACGAACGUCUGUCCGAAUCGAAGGCCGAGCUCGACGCUCUUCUGAGCAUGGAGGAACUCUCCAAGGUCCCAUUCGUCAUUCUGGGUAACAAGAUCGAUCACCCAGACGCAGUCAGCGAGGAUGAGUUAAGGCAUCAAUUGGGACUGUAUCAGACUACUGGCAAGGGCAAGGUUCCUCUUGAGGGUAUUAGGCCUAUUGAGGUCUUUAUGUGCUCGGUUGUCAUGAGACAAGGUUACGGCGAGGGUAUCAGAUGGUUGUCACAAUACGUUUAG